AUCUCAUACAAGCAAUGGGUUGGCAAAUAGUUCGUAAGAUAUCCCCGAAUACGAGGUUAUGGAAACUUGAAGAGGUCCAUGAUUUCGUCAAGAAGAACAGGGAACUGAAAGAAAUUGAAGCCAUGGUGGUGCCAAACAAACAAGCCAACGUUCACCAGAAGCUGGGUUUUGGUGCUGAUAUUUUUGAAAGCAUGAAUAAUCUUCGACUACUUGAUGUUUACCGAAAAUUCACUUCUUGUGAACCUACCAUUCUCCCUCAUGAGUUACGAUGGCUUUCUUGGCAUCAAUACCCAUUUUCUUCUCUUCCAUUAGCAGAUGAGUGUGAACUUGUUGGGCUUGAAAUGCAUGGUGGCAACAUUGAACAUUUAUGGAACGGAAGAAAGAUUAUGCUGAAUUUGAAGUUCAUUCACCUUCAACAGCUAGAGUGCCUUACAAAGUUUCCAGACAUCUCAGGAGCCCCAAAUGUUGAGAGGUUGGUUUUGGCAUCUUGUAGAAAUUUGGUGGAGGUUCAUGAGUCUCUUGGAUAUCACAAAACACUUGCUUACUUGAGCCUGAGUAAUUGCUGGAAGCUCAAGUUUUUCCCAGAGAGGAUUGAGAUGGAAUCUUUGGAGACACUAAUCCUGUCUAGGUGUUCCAGCCUUGAACGUUUCCCAGAAGUCAUGCCAUGUAUGCUAAAACUAUCAAAUAUAUGUCUUGACGGUUGUUUACGAAUAAAGCAACUGCCAUCAUCAAUCAGACAUCUGUGUAGUCUAAGCUUCUUGAAUCUCACAAGAUGUACGAGUCUUACGAACCUCCCAGAAUGUAUUAGCAAGUUGAAUUGUCUCAAGAGCAUUCAUCUUCAUGACUGUGUGAAACUGCUUACAUUGCCAGAAGAUUUUGGAAGCAUGAAAAACCUAGAAGAGCUUCAACUUGGAUUUACGGAUCCCAACAGGCUACCACGGUCCACCAAUUUUCAUACUUUGCAAAAUUUGCAUUCCUUGAGAAAGUUGGAUCUCAGUGGGAGGCAAACUGAAGAUUUAGGUUUAAGUGGCCUCGGAAAUGUUGAUGCAUUUUCUUCGUUGGAAGAACUAAAUUUAAGUGGCAACUCUGAAUUGAUUGAGUUGCCUGCAAUUAUCUGCCAUCUUUCUCAUCUAAAACACUUGGAGUUGAAUGAAUGCUACCGACUUCAAAAUUUGCAUUCACUUCCAUCCAAUAUACAAGUAUUGAAGGCAAGCGAUUGCUGUUCACUUGAAAUGAUUGAAGAUCUUCCAGAAAAGUAUGAAUGGUUAUAUAAAGUAUGGCUCGUUGGUUGCUGGAAACUUCCAGAUCAAGAAGAUGAAAUAAACCCAUCCAAGAUGUUGCAGCUACCUUUCCUUGAGAAAUGUGCUGCUGUAGGUCAUCGGUUAAGUAUUGCAAUUCCUGGUUGCAAGAUUCCAAGUUGGUUCGAUGCAGAGCAAGACGGGUGUGAUAUAACUCUUAAACUACCACCCGGAUGGCAUUCUCGUAUCAUGGGAUUUGCAAUAAGUGGAGUGUUUAGCAGGAUGUGGAACAUAAGAAAUGAUUAUCCUGUGGUCACAUUUACAGUUGUAGAUGAGGGAGGAUCUGUUCCUAUGACUGAGUUUGAUGAUAGUAAUGAAGUAUCCCCAUUUGAGAUUGACACUGUGUGGACUGGCUAUAUACCAUUCCGUUAUUUUCAGCCGAUGGGUGAUGAUUGGUCCGAUAUGGAAGUUAAUGUUGCAAUCAGUGUAAGGUUACAAACAGGUCAACUGCCUGUAAAAUGUGGAGUGCAUAUAGUGAACAAUGAUGAUGUGGAAUCAAUCCAACCAAAUACCACUUAUAUAUCCGAUUACUGCAACUCAGAUUGUGUUUCUCGCUUUGGAAAUAGUUUCAUUUAUGAAGAUGAGUUGCGGAACAUCUGAUAAUCAGAAGUAAUACACAACUAAGGCGCAUCAUGACAAGACUUCUGCGUGUGACUUUGAUGUUUUACCGUAUGUGCCUUGUAAGAACUUUGCUCGUUGGAUCAUUGUGAUAUAAAGCUCCAAGGCGGAUUCAAUUGUACAAUAAACUUUUUUUUAUACUAACUGAUGUGUCAUAUUAUUUAGUCACUCUAGCAACCCUCUAAGUUACAAUACCUUUAACGGAGUUGGUUAUGACUUAUGAAUAGCCUUUUUUUCCCUCA